GUUAGCAGUUAAUUUAUCAAGCUAAUAUGAGCUAGCCGCAUCUUUUGUUAAGGCCAUUAGUUUAUUCAAGAAGAACCGGGAGCUCUGUCGUCGUAAAACUUCACAACAAUUGCUCGGUUGUUUUAACUCUAUGACCAGAAUGCAUGGACAAUGACAAUGAUGUCUCAAACAAGGGCUGUGGAUGGGAAACUACCUGCCAAAAGAUAACUGCACUUACAAAUCACCCAUUGGCAACUCCCUGGAGGGGCACAAGUGUUGCCUUUUCACCACAUAAUUUAUCAUGUCAUUACCAAAGGAGUCAGGGAACCGAGGUAAAGAUCGAGAGAGGGGGGCCCGUCCUAAGGUGAGACAAAGCCGGUCAGAGGAAAGACGCGAUCCAGGCAGUGGACGGAAAGGUGUAAAGGGAAAGAAAAAAGGCCUUUCUUCCCAUGAACCAGCAGCUGAGAGGCCUGUCAGUGAUGGCUUUGAGUAUGGUGAAAUGUUGAGUGACAUCGACUCCAAGGACCAAUCUUCCCCCUCACCUUUGAAGGAGAGUUUGAGAUGGCAGGGGUUGGAAGCCGCCUCAUUUGUAGGACAAGAACGGGUCACAUCCCGGCCAGGACUGGGAACAGUUAGCUCUGCUACAGAGAUACCUGGAGCCGGUGAAGGUGAGAGCAGAGGGUCAAGCAGCAGCCGCACUCUUCGGCAAAAAAUCCAAGAUGCAAUGGGGCAAUGUUUCCCAAUAAAGACGCACAGCGCGACGGCACCAGCACCAUCUCCGCAGGCUCUUUCCUCAACUGCCUGUGCCUCUUCGAGGCGCAAGAUCCACCUCAGUGAGUUGAUGUUGGAUGACUGCCCUUUCCCUGUAGGAUCAGAGCUGGCUCAAAAGUGGUAUCUCAUUAAGCAACACACAGCCCCCAUUACCCAGCCUCCCUUGCUUGAUUCCGCAGUAGUGUGCAUUGCCCCUACUGCAGUCAUGGCUACGGUGGUGGAAGACGUAGAUGACAGGUUGCGAGAGCGCAGGCGCAUCAGCAUCGAACAAGGUGUUGAGCCACCACCCAAUGCAGAGAUUCACACAUUUGAGGUGACGGCCCAAAUUAACCCUCUCUACAAGCAUGGCCCUAAGCUGGCGCAUGGUAUGAAUGAAUUAGCUGGGGCUGAGAGAGCCUCCGUUCAUCAUCAUCAGCAGCUUCUUCUCCAAAGACAGCAGCAGCACCACCAGCUUCUUCUACAAAGCUGCCUGGACACUCUGGAUGAGGUGGUGGCCUCUGCUUCUGCCUCUGCCUCUGGCCACACCUGUGACUCUGCCCCUGCCCACACCUGUGACUCUAUCCCCGAACCUCUGGUUGACUCAGAGGUUACAGCGACCAACGUGCCCUCUAGAGUCAUACUUACUCCAACUGAGGACCCCAAAUCUCACGAUGGCUACCGCAUUCACACUCAGAUUGAUUACAUUCACUGUUUGGUUCCAGACCUUUUGCAGAUCACCAACCUCCCCUGUUACUGGGGGGUGAUGGACCGCUACGAGGCAGAGACGCUGUUGGAGGGAAAGCCUGAAGGCACCUUCCUCCUGCGUGACUCUGCUCAGGAAGACUACCUCUUCUCCGUUAGCUUCCGCCGCUAUGGCCGCUCUCUACACGCACGCAUUGAACAGUGGAAUCACAAUUUUAGCUUUGACGUGCACGACCCAAGUGUCUUCCACGCUCCCACAGUUACAGGAUUGCUGGAACACUACAAGGAUCCCAACUCCUGCAUGUUCUUCGAGCCCUUGCUGUCCAACCCCAUCCAUCGCGCACAGCCCUUCACCCUGCAACACAUCUGCCGAGCGGUCAUAAGCAGCUGCACCACCUAUGAUGGCAUUAACAUGCUUCCCAUUCCAAAUACUUUGAAAAAGCACCUGAAGGAAUACCACUAUAAGCAGAGAGUACGUGUACGCCGAAUGGACACCUGGUGGGAAUGAAAAGAACGGACUAAAAGAAACUACUAAACCCAUUUUUAACAAUCCCCGAACUGAACUGAACUGAACUGAACUGAACGAGUCGUGUUCAUCACUCUAUCUGGCUGUGUUCAACUACACUGCAACAUAGUUAUUUAUUUUACCCUUGCUGUACAUGUCUUAACAAUUGUACUAAACCACAUUGAUGAGACGAUAUGUAAUCUCAUUGACCUUGCACACUAAAGUUCUUUAUGCUCAAAUUAAACAAAGUUAUUUAGAUCUGUGGUGUUCAGAGAAUUACCCUCACAUCUCCUCUGUGUUUCCAAGUGUGACUAAAUCAGCUUAAUUAUCCACGGUGGGGGAAAGUGUCCUAGUGUCAAUUGAGAUGAUUAUAAUAGAGUUGUUCAUCAGUCAUGUGCUGAGAAGGUGGAGAACAUACUGACACGGUUGUCUUCUUGUUAUUGAGGCGUUGGAGUGCACCACGAUUGAAGAAUGAUCCAUUGUUUCCACUUUGAGCCCGGGGCUCAUUAGAUGAGUUGAGAGGUAGUUGCAUAUGCAACCUGUUAUUAAAAAGUGAAAGUAAUGCUCACAUUAGUUUUCAAUGUUGUGGUUUAAAUGCAGGGAAAGAUGCAAAGUGUGAUGUUGCAUAACUAGCAGUUAAUUAAUAUCUUGUGCUCGGAUUCUACAUCCUUCAGCUGCUUUGUUUUCAGCUUACAUUAUGUAACCAUCUGUGGUUUCUGCUGUGAGGUGUGCAGCAAGUGCCAGCAGUCUUAAUUCGUUUUAAAGUAAAAGAUCAAUGUGGCCUUCAUGAACUUGUCAGCAGCAGGUGAAGCAGUUGUAUUAUCAGAAUACAGAUAAAGCCGAGAUAUUCACGGACCAUAUGUUGCUCGAAAUCUGACGGUGUUUUCGAAUUCUACAUCUAGUCUUCCUCAGUCCAGAGGGUUGGUCUGUCUUUAAAAAAAAGAAAUUGUUAAAAAUAAGUGUGCUGAAGAUUUGGAUCCUUAAAUGAGAAAAAAAAGUCACUGUUGCUUUACAUCCCGCUGUGCAUAUUUUAAAGAGAUGGGACACUAAUCCAUUCACUCAGUUCAAUGACAACAUUACCAUAAUUAAUUAGCACUGAUGAGUCCUAAUUAGCAAAUAGAACAAUAGGAGAAAUUAUGUGCUUUUUUCUGGAGCUUGACAUUAAGUCAGUUACAUAGACGCACAUCUAAAA